GAUCUCUCUCUCUCUCUCUCUCUCGCUCCGCAGUGAAUCAAACACACACACCAACGCACUUAAAUUCACGAACCCCUUUGUCACGCAUCAUUCACUCUUUCUCCAUCUCUCUCUCUCUCUCUCUCUCUCAGUCGAAACACCGUCGUUUUAGCUUCCCUCCGGACGCCGGAGAUGGCGGUGAGCCCACGCGCCGCCGUAAUUUUAUGUCUCUCCAUCUUCGUCGCCGCAGUCACCGGCGAGAGUCCGUACAGAUUCUUCGAAUGGAACGUCACUUACGGCGACAUCUAUCCCCUCGGCGUUCGCCAACAGGGCAUAUUGAUAAAUGGACAAUUUCCGGGACCGGACAUUCAUUCCGUGACAAAUGAUAAUCUCAUAAUUAACGUAUUCAACAGCUUGGACGAGCCUUUCCUAAUCUCAUGGAACGGAGUACAGAACAGGAGGAACUCGUACGUGGACGGAGUGUACGGAACAACAUGUCCGAUCCCACCGGGAAGGAACUACACUUACAUUUUGCAAGUGAAGGACCAAAUCGGAAGCUUCUACUACUUCCCUUCUCUGGCCUUCCACAAAGCCGCCGGAGGAUUCGGAGGCAUCCGGAUCCUCAGCCGCCCUCUCAUCCCGGUCCCCUUCGACCAGCCUGCCGGCGAUUACACCGUCCUCAUCGGCGAUUGGUACAAGUCUAAUCACACGGAUUUGAAGGCUCGCCUUGACAGGGGGAAGAAGCUGCCUAACCCAGACGGUAUCCUCAUCAAUGGCCGCAGCAGUGGCGCCACUUUCAACGUUGAACAAGGAAAAACAUACAGAUUGAGGAUAUCAAACGUGGGAUUGCAGAACUCUCUCAACUUCAGGAUCCAAAACCACAAGAUGAAGCUCGUGGAAGUGGAAGGAACUCAUACUCUUCAGACGACAUUCUCGUCGCUUGACGUUCAUGUCGGCCAGUCUUACUCUGUCCUCGUGACGGCUGAUCAGCCCGCGCGUGACUACUACGUCGUCGUCUCGUCUCGGUUCACCGAUAAAAUCAACACCACGACCGGUAUUCUCCGGUACAGUGGCUCCUCUACCCCUGCUUCUGGCCCCAUUCCCGGUGGUCCCACGAUUCAGGUCGACUGGUCCUUGAAUCAGGCACGCGCCAUAAGGACAAACUUGACGGCUAGUGGACCGAGACCGAACCCACAAGGUUCUUACCAUUACGGUCUGGUGAGCUUAGCCCGAACGAUCAGAUUCGGCAGCUCUGCCGGGCAAAUCAACGGCAAGCAGAGGUACGCGUUGAACAGCGUCUCUUUCGUCCCAGCCGAUACGCCUCUGAAGCUCGCCGAUUUCUUCCAGAUCAGCGGUGUGUACAAAGUGAACAGCAUAUCCGACAGACCUACAGGAGGAGGCAUGUAUCUAGACACCUCGGUUCUGCAGGCCGAUUACAGAACAUUCGUGGAGAUCGUGUUUGAGAACAACGAAGAUAUUGUCCAGAGCUAUCAUCUCGAUGGUUACGCCUUCUGGGUCGUCGGAAUGGACGGUGGGCAAUGGACCGUCGCGAGCAGAAACGGGUACAAUCUACGGGACGCUAUUUCUCGUUCUACUGUUCAGGUGUAUCCGAAAUCAUGGACAGCAAUCUACAUCGCGCUAGACAACGUGGGAAUGUGGAACCUGAGGUCGGAGUUUUGGGCAAGACAGUACCUCGGACAACAGCUUUAUUUGCGCGUAUUCACGACAUCGACCUCUCUAAGAGACGAAUUCCCGAUUCCGAAGAAUGCCCUUCUCUGCGGACGGGCCAAGGGACGACACACUCGGCCUCUUUGAGACGUAUGUGCAUGGGAGAUUUGUUAAGCGUUUUCGCAUCUUGCGAGAACGAGUCCGGUAAUUUUAUAUAUUUCUAUUACAGUUUGGUGAUGAAUGUUAGUAAUAAUAGGCUCAGAUGAUCUCAGCUCGAGGUCUCAAUUCUUUUUUUGUUGUAAGGGAAGAUUGAUGGUUGAUCUCGAAAGUCCAAGGAGUUUCUUUGUUUUGUCUGAAUUUAAGAAGUUCAUUGUUUUGCUCUUCCUUCGUUCUUGGAACUUCUUUAUUAAUUUCAGA